AGAAUUAAACGGUUAACACUUUCGCAACCAGGCAAAAUUUCAAACAAUACCCCAGAAACCGACAGUACUCGCUAGUCGGGCAACGACGUGCAACUCAAUGCCGCACGCCGCGAACCCGCUAGUCGGGCAAGCGGCGGACGCUCAGGGCUUUGCCAAGUAACUUUCGUAUAAGUACGUGGAUAAAAUUAAAUCUGCUGUCACAUCUGUUUAGGCUCCCCGUUUUGUUCUUCUCCUAAUUCUAACUCCUAUUGAUACAUACCCGUGUAUGCAAUUUCACGUAACCAACUAAUAAGAAUUUUUAUUUUGUAAUCGCAUUAUGUAAAGUAAAUAAAAAUACAAAGUGAAGUAAUAAAAUAUAAUAAUCAACUGUACCAACUUUUCCACCACAUAAUAAUCAGAAGACUUACAAUUUUUUCUGUUAGUGGCAGUGGCAGCCCUGAGGUAGUGAAGAUGCAAUGCUUGCCCGCCUGUCGGGCACUUCGGCGUCGCGUGUAGGUUUAUAGCUCUUGCCCGACUAGCGGGUAUGCCGGCAUCUGAGUAAAGUUUACGAGUGCCCGAGAGUCGGGUACGCGGUGUCGAAUGUGUUAAAGAAUGGAUUCUAUAAGCUUUCAGAAUAAUCCUGCAGGUAUAAGCCUUCAGGGACGCGGCGAAUUCGGCACGAGGGUGGCUAUGGGUGGUAUUUUUGCUAAAUGAAAAAGUGAGACGCAAUGACAUUGGAUAAAGAAAUCGGACAGGUGGAAUACCACACUAACGUCCAUUCUCUAGCACGGUCAGAUCAAGAAUACCCGCGGCAGAGCGGUGUAUUGCCAUCCGUCCCCGCCGGGUACAGAUGGGAAUAGGCGCUACAUACAAAUCAUAUGUAUAUCGAACGCAGUGUAGUCAGCCUGCGUAUACUGCACACCAUGUUCAGGGCAUAAUAUACACAAGUUUACUGUGUCAAUUGAGUUAUAAAGCAUUGUUAAAAAGCACAAAGAAAGUUUAGUGAUACAGGUUCAAAAAAGGUACAUAUUAGAUUAUUAGAUAGAUAGAAUACUCAAGAUACAAAAGAAAACAAAAGUAACAAUUUAUGUACACAUAUGUGGUAUUAUCUAUGAAAAGGGACCUUAUUGUCGAUGGCGCUUACUACACUAACAUCGAUGAGCACAAAACGUAGUAGUUUAAAAUUGGGGAUUCUGGCCCAGUUUAGUUAUUUUGAUUUCCAAUUUAGCAAUUAAGUUUCUUUGAUUACUGGAACAUUCAAUGUUGCUGUCUAUCCAAUGCGGAGGUCAAUUUAUGUUAUGUGACGCUGAUGAACUUAUCAGUCAUCCGAGGAGUUAUCCGCGCACUGUCUCAGCGUCGACAUGGACACCGCCGUCUCCAGGUCCAGCAGCAUCAUGUCGGAUAAAGACCCGCUAUCCGUGCAGAUCAAGUCCGAGAGCCUCACGAACCUCCACGGCUCACUCGAGGACGUCCGCAACAUUUAUCUCACGCAUAACGAGCAGGCCGUCCUCGAGUGCCACCAGGCCAACACUAUCGAGGACCGCGACGACGAUCGCUCGGACGCCUCGGUAGACCCGUGGCUCAAGGAGAUCAUCGCUGGCAGCCAGGACGACGUCAGCUACUACAAAGAUGUCAGCGACGUCAUUAAGAAUCUCGAUAAUAUUCUCAAUUCGGAAAAGACGUCCAGCUCGGAGUCGAGCCACCAGGCGAGUCCGUCGAGGGACAAUUUGAGCUUAGACUGUAAGAAAGAUUACCCGAUGCAAUCUAGUAUGGUUAAAUCACCUGGCAUUACAAACUUCCAGAAUAUUAUACAGGAAGUCGGACUUGAAGACAAAUCGCCCGAAAAGAAACAGGAUGAGGAUGAAGAUAGAGAUACAAUAGGCACGCUCAGUCACUCGUUCGAGCGGCAUAGCGAUACCACCAGCCAACACACCUUAGAAAAUUUAACUCCUGAUACGCCUAUAAAAGACAUGGAGUUACCGUUUGAAAAGACGAAUGCUGAUUUACAAAAUAAACUGCAUGCAAUUGAAAUAUCUGAGGAUGUACAAGUUGAAGCAGUAUUGCCAAAAGAAAGUGAAGUAGAUAAUAGUGAUAAUGUAAAAACUAAUAUAUGUAUAACGCCAAUGCAUAGUGUUAAUGAAGAUAAGAAUGUGUAUGUGAGUGAAGACUGCCAAACCCCGAGUGAUAAUAAGUUAACUGAUAUAUUGCAUGAUAAGGAAACAGUGCAAGCUAAGUCAAUAAGUGAAGUUAGCGGUAAUAACCCAGUUUGUAAUAACGCGGAAGAAGUAAUAAUUAAGACUGUUCAAAGUUUAGAACAAAACGUGCCAGUGAAUGUAGAAGAUAAAGAGGUCUUGCCGGUAUUCCCUGAGGUAGUUCAAAAUGAUAAGGCUGCAGAUCUGUUACCAAAUGCCCCACUAGAAGAAAAACAUGCGACUGACCUACGACUCGAAACGACUAACAUAAAUAGUCAAAAAGAAAUAAAUAAUGAUCUCAUUUCACCUGCAGAAAGUACAACCGAUAGUAAAAUAACACCAUUUCAUAUGAUAGCCCUGGAAGAAAGUUCGUCUGUAAAAGUAGAAAACUUAGACAAUGUUAGUCAAAUAGCGUUUGAAUCUCCUCAUAGAUUAGAAGAAAGUCAACAAGGCGAUUCGCCUUUACCAACUUAUGAAGAAAAAGAGGGAUCAGAUGUGCCUGAAUCAGUACAAAUUAUAUCCGCCGUUCCAGUUAUUGAGAGCUUUUUAACUGGAAGUCAUAAUACAGGCGAUGUUGAAGUAGAUCUUAAGUCAAUUACUGAAACAGAUGUUUCUAAAAACACAGAGGAAGAACUUGUGACCUUGGUGGAAAAAGAAGUUGUGGUAACAAAUGCUCCAAUAAAUGUUACUACACCUACGUUAAUUUUGUCGGAAGCACAAGAAGACAAACAACUCUCAAUAGAUAAACUUCCUGAGGAAUUUAUUGACAAAAUAAUAAAGGAAGCUGAGACAGCUGCUUUGAAUUGUAUUGAAACAGCUCGAGCUAAAACAUUAGUACCUGAACCAUUGAAUAUUCCUAAAAAUGAAACAGUAGAAAUAUUUCUUAACACUGAAAUAAAAUCCUUGAAUAACUCUACUGCAGACAAUAUUACUCAUGAUACUGGAGCUGGCCAAGACAUUUUACAAAAACAAACAUCCUCACAAGAAGAUGGUCAACAUAAUUUUCUUAAAGAGGAGGUAAAAUUACCUUCAUCCAGCAAUUUAGAUAAUAUUACAAAAGAAAUUUUGCUAGAUGCAAUGCACGAAGUACCUAAAGUUAUGCUAAAAGUAGAAUCACUGGAUUUUUUUCACGAGAAUAAUUUAAAAGUGACACCCACUUCUGACGGUUAUUUACGAGAAUGUGAAAAUAAAGCCCCUGAAAUCGAAUCUCUUCCGGAUGUUGUACGGGAUGUUACAUAUUCCAUAGAUCAACCGAUUGAUAAACAGGUGCAUCAUGAUAAGGAAAAUACUAAUACGCAAAUUGAAUCACAGUCAGUGGUCCCUCAGAUAUCACUUGAUCUUGAAUCGACAGCAACUGCAGAUUCUUCACAAAGUACUUUUCUCAUUAAAGACACACUGAAAGAAGAAUCGAAAAUUGUAUCCGAAAGUCCUGUAGACACUUUACUAGAUGAGCCAGUACGAGAAAUUGUGGAACCGGAAGUUAACAUGGAAACUGAUAUAAAUACAUUUCUUGAUUCUGAAAAAAGAGUAACUGAAAGUUUAUGCGCUGAUGACACUUUGAAACCAACAUCUAAGUUACCAAGUAAGAAUGAAACAGAAUUAAUUGCAGUGGUUGCAGAAGAAACAUUUGCAAAAGACAAUAUUAUUGAACAAAAUGCUAUUCCCAAGUCUAAUACUACUGCUGUAGAAAAUGGGCGUGUACCAUCAGAUGACAGCACAGCUUAUAUGGAUCUGACUGAUAGUGUGAAAGCUGAAAUUGUAGAACAAAACCCUAUGGAUGAUAACAUUAAAGAUGUCAUUAACUCUUGCUUAGAGACUCCUGGAAAUGAUAACUGUUCACUAGUCAAGUUGGAAUCCACAGAGUACUUAGAUCUGCCUACUGUUAAGAGGGAUGUGGAUGAGUUUUUACACGCAGAAAGGCAACUUAGCAGCCAAGUGGACGAGAAGGAUCCUCUAUGUUCAAGUACACCUAAAAGCUCAGUGGAUGACACUCCAAACUCAACAGAAGAAAAGUCUGACGUAUUAUCAGAAACAAAAGUCCCUGACUAUGGACCCGGAGUAACGCUAACAAAAUUGGAACAACAAUGUGUCCCAGAUUUUCUAAGCUCUUUUGAUUCUCCGACCAAAAGUCACCCAACUGACACCUACGAUGAAAACAGCUCAGUAGUCCUAGGCCCUUUUGAGAACUGCACUAUGGAACUUUUUAAAGGCAUUAAAUCUGGUGAAGAUCUAGGCGACAUCCCAAAAGAAGAGAUGUUCUUCUCUUCAAAUUUCAGCGAAAUUAAUCUCGAAACUCCCUCGCCACUCCGCGAUGGUAACUUUUUGAAUGAAGUGCCGGAUAUAGUCAACGAUGAUCAUUUCCUGGAUAUAAUCAGUGAUCCCAACGAUGAAGUAGACUCGAAGACCGACGCCAGCGACGUCACUGAUCAGUCUGUCGCUGAGAAAAAAGUUUCACCGUCGACACCUCCCAACUCUCCUGGUUACUUUCUAGCAUCUACAUCUCAGCAGAAAUAUCUAGUAGAUAUAGAUUUGAACCCAGCAACGGAGCCCGCUCCCGUGGAAUCAGAUUCGGGUUUAAGUUCACUGCAUAAAGAAAUCGAGUUGAAUCAAAUAGAGCUUCAAAUCACUUCGAAAUUGGCUAUGGCCGAGAACGAAAAUAAUUUGAAUAUUGAAUACUCAGGGCCGUUGACUGUGGAAGGUUUAGUGCAGAAUGAUCUGGUGAGGGAGGAGGAAUCGGCCCCGGAGACGUUUCUAGCGGGGAACGGGGGGAACAUUGACGAUAUACGGGAGAUGUUCACGCUGGAUGAAGACUGCGUCAACGCGUUGAGGAACGAGCUGGAACUGAAGCUGCCUCUUGCACAGGUACUAUCUUAAUAUUUUGUUGAUCCUAUUAUUUGAUUUUUUUU